AUGGCCCAGGCCGUGAUUGGAGCAAUGGGCACCCUCCUGCCCAAGCUAGCCGACCUAAUAACCAACGAGUACAACCUUCAGAGGGGUGUCAGGGGUGAGAUUAUGUUUCUGAAAGCAGAGAUGGAGAGCAUGGAGACAGCUCUCCUCAGGAUUUCUGAGGCGCCAAUCGACCAGCCACCUGACAUCCAAGUCAAGCUUUGGGCCAAGCAGGUGAGGGACCUGUCAUACGACCUUGAAGAUAGCAUCGACAAGUUCAUGGUGCGCAUUGAAACCCAUGGCCGACCAGAGAAGUCCCACAGCUUCAGGAAUUUCAUUGAUAAGAGCCUCAGCCUACUGACCAAGGGCAAGAUUCGCCACAAGAUCGGCCUCGAUAUCAAAGACAUCAAGAGCCGCAUCAAGGAGGUCAGUGAGCGGCGUGAUAGGUACAAGGUUGACAGUGUGGCUGCUGCCAAGCCUGUUGGUCCAGCUAUUGAUACCCUUCGCUUAUCAGCCUUGUAUAAAAAGGCGACAGAGCUCGUUGGCAUUGAUGAGAAUAGUCUUGAGGUAGUUGAGAUGCUGACUGAGGGAGACAUGGUUUCCCAGAAACAGCUGAAGGUGGUCUCUAUUGUUGGAUUUGGUGGAUUAGGAAAGACAACGCUUGCUAAUGCAGUGUAUGAGAAGCUGAAAGUGCAAACUGAUAUUCAAAAGCAAAAAUUGCAAUUCGAUUGUGCGGCCUUUGUUUCUGUGUCUCUUGAUCCUAACAUGAAGCAGAUUUUCAAGAGCUUGCUUCAUCAACUUGACAAGCUCACAUACCAGAGCAUCAAUGAGGCAUCGUGGGGCGAAGAACAGCUCAUCCGUGAGAUAAGAACAUUCCUUGGAGACAAGAGGUACUUGAUUGUUAUUGAUGACAUAUGGGAUAAAUCCGUCUGGGAAAAUAUCAAGUAUGCGUUGAUUGAGAAUGAAUAUGGAAGUAGAGUAAUCACGACAACUCGGGUUCUUGAUGUUGCCCAGCAAGCUGGUCGCAUAUAUCGGCUGAAACCUCUUUGUGUCGUCGACUCAAGAAAGUUAUUCUAUCAAAGAAUAUAUGAUAUGGAGAACAAGUCACCACCUAAUCAAUUGGUUGAAGUAUCUGAGAGAAUUUUAAAAAGAUGUGGGGGAGUUCCGCUAGCUAUCCUUGCGAUAGGUAGCUUGCUGUCUAGUGAAAAGGGAAGAGCACAUACACAUGAGUAUUGGUCCAAGGUGUACAAAUCCAUCAGUUCGGGGCUAGACAAUAAUCAUGAUGAUGUGAAGAACAUGAGGAGAAUAUUAUCUGUAAGUUACUCUGGCCUACCUCCGCACCUAAAGACUUGCUUACUGCAUCUUAGUUUGUAUCCAGAGGAUUAUGAGAUUGAAGCAGAACAAUUGAUUUGGAAAUGGGUUGGUGAAGGUUUUGUGAAAAAAGAAAGAGGGAGGAGCUUAUAUGAAGUAGGAGAGGAUUACUUGAAGGAGCUUAUAAAUAAAAGCUUGGUCCAGCCUGUAAUUUUUAAUCAUGCAAACAAAGUGUACUCUUGUCGUGUACAUGAUAUGGUGCGUGACCUCAUCACUUCCUUGUCAAAUGAGGAGAAUUUCAUAAUGACAGUAGGUGGUCCACAACCAGUGCAUCUACCAAGUAAGAUCCGCCGAUUGUCCAUCCAGACCAACAUUGAAGAAGUUGCUAAUCAGCUGCCAACCAUGAACUUGUCACAUGUGAGGUCACUUGCAGUGUCAAGUUCUGCUUUCAAUUUGUUGCCAAGACUUACAGGCUUUCCAGUCCUACGUGUGUUGGAUUUAACUGAAUGUAAGCAAGUGGAUAAUAAUCAUUGGAAAGAAAUAUGCAGUUUGUUUCACUUGAGGUAUUUGAGUUUAAAGGGUACAUCUAUCACUAAGAUCCCGAAACAGAUCAGGAAUCUUCGAUUUAUGCAAGUGCUGGACAUAAGGUCCACCAAAAUAGAAGAGGAGCUGCCAUCAACCUUCACUCAACUAACACAACUUUUAUUAGUCCACAUGCUUAAUAGCAUCACUUGUGCAGUGCCAAAGUGUAUGUGCUCCCUGCAAUUCCUCUUCUUCCUAAGUAUCACACUGAAAACACUGGGAGAGGAGGACCUUCAAGUCCUUGGGAGCAUACCAUCUCUAGGUGAGCUGCACAUACAAGUGGAGAAACCUACACAAGGCAGAGACAAACGGUUGGUCAUUGGCAGUAGUUAUCCAUUUCUGUGUCUAAAGAGGUUCAUUGUCAAGAGUGGCCCCAUGGAAUUGCGCUUUGCACAAGGGGCCAUGCAAAGGCUUCAAACAAUUGAGUUAAAUUUUCCUGACAUACAGGGCACAUUACUUCAGUUUGGUGAUUUCGUAUUGGGUUUAGAGAAUCUCUCUUCACUUGAGCACAUCAACGUUCUGUGCAACUAUAUCUAUGCAAUCGGCGAGGAGGUAGCAAAUGUGAGAACUGCAUUGGAGAAAGAGUGCAAUAUGAAUCCAAACAAGCCAAUACUGAAUUUCCCACCAACAUUUCAGGUGUAUAUUGUUUUUCCCUUAUAUCAAAUCACCGAAAGUAUUCGCUCGCUUAUCUUCUUUUCUACCUUAUGCAAUUUUAUCAUAUUACCUCAUUCGUUUAUGCAUUUCAAAUAUUAG